AUGCCGGGACUCUGUAGCAAGGGGAAAUUUGUCUUUAUUACCUUGUGUUUUAUUAUCUGCGUUUUUGUGUUUUGCGAAUUUUUAAUUUACUACACUGUGAUGUUUUCUUGUGUUUGGCCCGACAAUGAAGCCCCCCUUAGCGGUCAAAGGGGAGAAGGGUCGGCACCCGUCCUGAGGGUUCUCGUUUUAUCGGACACGCAUCUGCUGGGCGCCAUCAAUGGACACUGGUUUGACAAACUGCGAAGGGAAUGGCAGAUGGAAAGAGCAUUCCAAACAGCUUUGUGGCUCCUACAACCUGAGAUCGUGUUUAUUCUUGGAGACAUCUUUGAUGAAGGGAAAUGGAGUUCACCAGAGGACUGGGAAGAUGAUGUGAGACGCUUCCGCCAGAUGUUUCGACAUCCAACUAAUAUGGAGCUGCUUGUUGUGGUUGGCAACCAUGACAUUGGCUUUCAUUAUGAAAUGAACUGGUUCAAGCUGCAGAGGUUUGAAAAAGUCUUCAAUGUCACAUCUGCAAGAAUUGUAACCAAGAAAGGCGUGAACUUUCUUUUGGUGAACAGCAUCGCACUUCAUGGAGACGGCUGCUCCAUCUGCCAGAACGUCGAAGAUGAGCUCAUUAAGAUUUCCCGAGCGCUGAAUUGCUCAAUCCAGCAUUACCCUCUUUACAGAAUUAGUGAUGCUGAAUGUACUGGGGAAGAUGCAGCUACCCUUGAAGAAAGGAACCUAGUUUUCAAACAGCAGUAUGAUUCUCUUUCCCUGGUAGCAUCUCACAAGCUGCUCUGGUGGUUUCAGCCUCGGCUGAUCUUGAGCGGUCAUACACACAGUGCUUGUGAGAAGCUCCACAGUGGGAAGUUUCUUGAGAUCAGUGUCCCAUCAUUCAGCUGGAGGAACCGCAACAAUCCCAGCUUCAUUUUGGGCAGUAUAUCCUCAUACAAUUUUACUCUCUCCAAGUGUUUCCUGCCCCGUGAGAGCACUGUUAUAUCCAUUUACUGCAGUGCUGGUGCUCUGUUGAUCAUCAUAACAUUAACUUAUUGUCAACUACUGAAAAAGAAUCUUCACUAUGCACAGUGUCUGAUUAGCAAGCAUAAAAUCCUGUGA